AUGAGGGGGAUGAAUUCAGGCAGGCACGCCAGCGGAAUGGGCGGGAGGCGGGGGCGGGUGCUGGAGGAGGUGGAGGAAGGGCUGGGGAAGAGAGAGGAGAUGAGAGAAGGAAUAUUUCAUGAGGUGCCGAAGACAAGUGCGGCGAUAUGCACGAGCAACAAGCAGCCCGGUGGGAUGCUGGCAAAAAUGCUGGGCUCGAGGGACGUUGUGGCUCUCAGCAUCAAGCAGACCCUGCAGGAUCUCUCCAUCAUGGUUGGGCUGGAAAAACUCUUUGAUGCUCUGGUGUCACGAGCUCGCUCACGAAGGCUCACGGUGGAGGCGUCAGGACGUUCUGAUGCAGGAGAUGUUGUAUCUGUGCUCAAGGAGAGACUUGAGCUGCGUCGUCGUGCCUCCCUGUCUAUUGCGAAGAUGAAAGUUCAGACCGAGGUUCCAGCAGAGAUGCUGAAGGAGAGUAUCGAAGAUCCGAGCCUUCAGGACCGAAGGAACUUCAAGAGCAUCCUCUUCGAUCAGCUCGUCUCUACCAAUGCAUCACAGAUGUUUUCCAGCGCGAAGUUCCAUGCGCUGACCAUGAAGGAUCUUCUUGAUGCCAUGGUCGACUACCAGGCUUUGAAGACUACCAGCUCUCUUUCGCAGCUCAGGAUCGCGAUCUUGUACUUGGCGUGCAACUUCAACGGGAAGUAUCUGAUGCGAGCAGGUGAAAAUGUCGAGGAGGUGCUGGAACAGCUCGAGGAAAGCUUGAUCCGCAUCGCGCAAGCCCUGCAAUGCGAGGAGGGGGAGCGAGAGUUGGCGCUGGGGCUGUGGUGGUUGGAUGCUGGAAACUUGCAACAGGAUCACAACAUGUUCCUGGCUACUCGAUAUCUGUGCAAGGAGGAAGCCAAGAGAGUCUUGCCUCGCUUCUUGCGGUCUGCCGUCUUCUCGUCCUUGUACGAUGUCGUAUUUGCAAGCAGUCAGGUCAGAAGCAGAGUCCGUUCAAGGAUGGAGCCGUCUCUGAUUAGCAUGUCAUUGAUGACAUUCAAGAACUUGGACGUUGGACAAUCAGCAAACUUCCAAGAUGUCGCACUGUACCUCGUUGCCUUGCAGAACAACUCGAAGUGGACGACUGGCCCACAGAGCUUGUCUUCCGGAUGGAUCAUAUCAGAGGCAAUGGCGAUAAUAAUGCAAAGAAUGUGUGUCACAGGAGCGUUUCGGUUCAUCUUCGAGCAUAAUCAACAAGUGGAUGAGCAAAGUCUGUUGAGAAGCCUCGAGCACACCUUGCAAUCCAGUCUGAAAGAACAUUUCGAUGUAGAGGAUUUCUCCAUCUCCUGUUGUUUUGAGGAACAAGAUGUCUUGCCUUCAAACACUCGAGAUGAGAACGAGAACGUCGAUGUGAAGUCAGCAUCUGUGCGGUUUCGCUUGCAGUUUGAAAGCGAAGAAGGAUGCAAACAGGCGUUUGCGAUCUUCACUUCCGAUGUUUCAAAAGAAAUUCUCGCAAUCGCAAAAAAACAGAUCUCAUCUGGCAGUAUGAAUUAUCAUCCAGACUGUCUCGUUGCACUGUGUGAGAUUGAAGAAAAGAGUGGAGAAUGUAGAAUACUUCUUGACUUUCUCUUUGCCUCUCUUCUCCUAUGCAGCAACAAGAGCAACGAGACGACUGAAAGUACGGAAUAUGGUACCAACUCACACUUUUUAUUGCUGCAACAUCUCUCUCCUUUCGUUGAGAAUGCUCUCGUCGCAUUCUUGCACAGCCCGGGGCCGAAGAUGUCGAAGAUGCUGGCCGAGUUCAUCAAAGUGGGAAUUCACCCAGACGUGAAAGAAAUAAUCGACAUGUCAACCAAGAGCA